AUGUCGGACUCCGACUCGGAGGUACACAACGAGGUGUCUAUAAGCAUUCACAAGCGUCUUUGCGAGCUGUGUGAGCUGAUCGCUCUGAGCAACACAGCGCAAAAGCAGCUCAAACGCCGGGAUUGUCGAGUCGACGGGCAGCAAUGA